UUCCACAUCAAGAACACUCAGCAACAUGUCUGGCAAGGGUAAAGCUACUGGCGGCCGCGGCAAGAAGGGCAAGGCCUCAUCCCGUUCGUCGAAGGCCGGCCUUCAAUUCCCCGUCGGUCGUGUGGCCCGUUUCUUGAAGAAGGGUCGCUUCGCCCAACGCAUUGGUGGUGGUGCGCCCGUGUACCUCGCCGCCGUCUUGGAAUACCUGUGCGCCGAAAUCUUGGAACUUGCCGGCAACGCCGCUCGCGACAACAAGAAGUCCCGUAUCAUCCCCCGCCACAUCCAAUUGGCCGUCCGCAACGACGAGGAACUUAACAAGCUGUUGGGUGAUGUCACGAUCGCUUCCGGAGGUGUCUUGCCCAACAUUCACAACAUCUUGUUGCCCAAGAAGUCGGCAAUGCCCGGUGCCGUGACCAAGGACGGCAAGAAGAGCAAGAGCUCGGCCUCGCAAGACUAUUAAAUAGCCACGCUGCUGUUGACAACCCCCCCUUCCCUUUUGCAGAGCAUGACGCGAGUCAAGCUAUGCAUUCAUACCUGGCUUUUUUAAAAGCCACCCUUUCUCUCGAGAAACCCAUCGUCCCCGAACUCCUACCUCAUCUCACGUUCUCAUAUGUCGAUAUAGAGCAGUCUACCUCGUCCCUCGGCUCGGGUCUCUUGAUGUCGAGGUGCCGCCAGCAACCUUCGCUACAUUUCGUCUGCACCACUUGAUAGGUGCCUGUCUCGUCAUGACAAGUCUAAAGCACUGGACUGAGUGGAGACUUGACACUUUGUCGCGAACGCACAUAUAGAAUUCAACGGCACAGAAUUGUUGCUCAACACGAAUGAUCCUGAGCCGCUUCGUCAGUCGACACCCUCGCAAAUAUGCAGGCGCAUCCUUAUCGCGAUGACGGCAGUGCUGAGUGACCACUUCAACAAUUGAACUGAUACAGUAAUCGCUACGUGUAUUCCUUCGUCCUGCUCUUGCCAAAGUCUUCGCCUCCACGUUGGAGAGAACCACUCGAUCACCCUCGACCUUGCUUCACCAACUCAGCAAUCCCUACCUUGUCCACCGUUCUCGCUUGAUUAACAUCAGCAACCUUCAACCUGCACAGAAGAUCGCAACCAACGCCGCAUGUUCAUGUAAAGCCUCCGCAUUAAUCAU